AUGGACAAUCGUUUCAUGAUGAAUCCUUUUGAAGCGCUGAAGCUUACUGCCGAGGACCGGAACAAACUCGUGGAGAUCACUGAUGCGAUAAUCAUGGAAAAAUUUGACGAAUAUGUAGAGCACUUGAGCAUUGGCAAGAUGGUUGAUCUCAGUCGCUGGAAGAAGUUUACCAAGUCGGGACCUACGACGUCGUAUCUAGAGCGAAAGUCUUCGAGUCCUAACUCAAAGCUGCCACAACUACUAAUGGUCGGUCCACUACCUGGCUCUCUGGACGAGAACAUGUUCGGCAUCGUCAACCCGACCAUCGAGUCAAUGCGAAUCAAGUCGUCUUACCUAAAGGACUUUAACGCUGCGGCUGUGUUAGCCACGAUAAUUGAGCCAACAGUGGACGACCCGUUCCGAUCAGUAGUGGUCAAGUGGAUGGAGAUAGACAUCCCGCUUGCUUCCAUCGGCCUUGUGCGCAAUCGAGACUACGUUUACAUUGAAAGUACCGGGAUCCAGCGUCUUGAGAAUGGUGAGAGAUUGGGUUAUCACCUCUUGCAUUCCGUCAGUUUUCCUGAAGCGCAUGAACUUCCGAAUCGUGUACGAGGCAACAUGUCGCUCUGCGGUAUCUUCCACCAAGAAGUACCUGAUCGGACCGAUUGUCGUGGAACAGGUAUCAUCGACCCGGGUGGUGAUAUGAUUCGAUCCAUGGCCGUCAUGGGUAUGGUGCAGGCGACGAUGGCAGGACUCAAAUACUCAUACUGCGGCCAGAUGAAGAAGCUGGCGUGGCUACUGGAACAGAAGCAGACCGAGGGCAGUGAAAAAGGCAUACCGGCAUACAAUCCGUUCUGUGUGACGUGCAUGAAGGGUAUCAAGCACUCGAGACUUAAUGGGCCCAUCAAUACGUGCAAGUUAUGCUUUGGUGCACUUUGUAGCUCAUGUAAGAUUUCAAAGAAGUUAAGUUUCAUUGCGCCAGACCUUGCUCUUGCACACCGCAAGGUCACAUUCUGCGUCAAGUGUAUGGUUGGAGCGACUCAAAUGGACACACAAGAAGCUGCCCGAGAGCAGUUCGUGUAUAAGAAGUCAGUUGAUCCAUCAAUUUAUGGUCCAUCGAUUACUUCUGAUAUGAACACGUACUUGAAAAGCACAAUGACUUCGGUGACCGAGAACUCCGAUUAG